GCAGCUUAGGCUCGGAUUUCGGAGAGGAGGCGGCGGCUGCAGGUGCCUGACCGGCGGCUCAGCAGCGGGUAGUUUCAGAUCCGAGACCGAGAUCCCGGACGGCUCCUGUUCAGGCACCCUUCUCUCUCUCAGUUUCUUCAUCUCGGAGACUUCGUCUUGAAGGGUCAGCAACCUCGAAUCUGACAGACGUGAUUUUCAGCUUUGGAUAAACAGUAGGUUUUCCGGCUCCGAGCUCGCUUACCCCACCAAGGAAAGGAUCCGCAAGGGCCAUGUUGCCGGAAGUCCUGUUGGUGUCUGCUCCGGGGAAAGUCAUCCUUCAUGGAGAACAUGCCGUAGUCCAUGGCAAGGUGGCACUGGCUGUGGCCUUGAACUUGAGAACGUUCCUCAGGCUUCAGCUCCACAGCCAUGGAAAAGUGAACCUCAACUUACCAAAUAUUGGCAUCAGGCGCACCUGGGAUGUGACCAGCCUUCAGCAACUGGACACAAGCUUUCUGGAACAAGGUGAUGUCACAGUGCCCACCCCGGAGCAAAUGGAGAAGCUGAAGGAGGUAGCAGGCUUGACCAAGGACUGUGCCAACCAUGAACUCCUGGCUGUGUUGGCCUUCGUUUACCUGUACCUGUCCAUCUGCCGGAAGCAGAGGACUUUGCCCAGCCUGGACAUCACUGUGUGGUCGGAGCUGCCUGCUGGGGCUGGCUUGGGCUCCAGUGGCGCCUACUCGGUGUGCUUGGCUGCCGCCCUUCUGACCGCGUGUGGGGUGAUUGCAAACCCCCUGAAGGACGGGGAGCCAGUCAGCAGGUGGACCUCAGAGGAUCUGGAAUUAAUUAACAAGUGGGCCUUCCAUGGGGAGAAGGUGAUCCACGGAAACCCCUCUGGAGUGGACAAUGCAGUCAGCACCUGGGGAGGAGCCCUCCGCUACCAGGAAGGAAGGAUCACACCCUUAAAGAGCGCUCCCAAGGUGGGUCGGAUGACUCAGUGGAGUGUGAGCCCAAAAGACAGUUCAACACAAGGCCGUUGGACUGUGCUGUGGGCGGGGAGCGGCAUAGAAAGCUCCGAGGGCAGGCCGCCGGCCCUGAAGAUCUUGCUGACCAACACCAAGGUCCCGCGCAGCACCAAGGCGCUCGUGAGCAGCGUCAGGAGCAGGCUGCUCAAGUUCCCAGAGAUCGUGACCCCCCUCCUCGCCUCCAUGAGUGCCAUUUCCCUGGAGUGUGAACGCGUGCUGGGAGAGAUGGCGGCGGCCCCUGCCCUGGAGCACUACCUCGUGCUGGAAGAGCUCAUCGACAUGAACCAGCACCACCUGAAUGCCCUGGGUGUGGGCCAUGCCUCACUGGACCGGCUGUGCCAGGUGACCAGAGCCCAUGGGCUGCACAGCAAGCUCACCGGUGGCGGCGGCGGCGGCUGCGGCAUCACACUCCUCAGGACAGAUCUGGAGCAGCCCCAGGUGGAGGCCGCAAAGCAGGCACUGGAAAACUGUGGCUUUGACUGCUGGGAAACCAGCAUCGGCGCCCUUGGCGUCUCUGUCCACUCAGCCACCUCCCUGGACGCGCCUGUCCAGCAGGCCCUGGACAGCCUCUGACAGGAGCCCACACUGCUGCAGCCCUAACAAGAAGCCGCUUCGUGGAUUAUUCUGUACUGGCCAGUGGGCACCUGCCACUGACAAGGGCCCCCAUCCUUGUGACACCCCAACAUCUGCAGUGGGCUGGGCUGCCCAGAAGACACGGUCUGGGCAUUUUCUUGAGCCAGCAGCAGUGGGACCGGAAGCUCCCACACACCCAUCUACUUAGGCCUCUGCCUUUACCUUUGAACUCACUGGCCUACGUGGUUGGACGCUUGGAUGUGGGGAUCUGGUUUCUGGAGCAGGGUGCCCUUCUUCCUUCCCUGCCUCUGCACAUGCACCUGCCCUCGGGGCCAGGCCCCUCCCUCCUCCUCCAGGAAGCCUUCCCUGGUCCUGCAGGCUGACCCCCACCCCAUCUCCCUCCAUCCACUUCAUUCUGCUGGCACCACAGCGCACUUUAGGCCCCUUGUUCUUUCCCCUGACUCAACUGGCCCCUGAGGCCGUGUCCAGGUCGUGGUCGUGGCCCUCAUCCUCCCUCACAAGGCUGACUGAAGUCAGGGUCGGUCUGUGCUUCCUCCGAAUCUGUAUCUGCGAGGUCUGCAGAAUAGAUGGCAAAGGGGGAAUAAAAAGAUGGACACUGUG